UGCAGGGUUGGCAUGAUCUCAAAAGCAUGCUCUUCCAUUACAUCUUCCUUCCCUUUUGCUUCUCCCCAGCCAUUUCUUAGUCCUUAAGCAUGCCAUGAAUUCCUUCCCCCUCUCCGCCACCAUUUCCACAACACAUGUUAUAAGCUCCAUCUGCAGCUGAUCGAUCCAAUCAUCCGAGUGUCGCAGGCAGACCAAGAGAAGGGAAGAUGUCCACCGACUGGGGGCCGGUGAUCGUCGCAGUGAUCCUCUUCAUCCUGCUGUCUCCGGGCCUCCUGUUCCAGCUGCCCGCAAGGUCUCGAGUGGUGGAGUUUGGGAACAUGAGUACCAGCGGCAUCUCGAUUCUUGUUCACAGCAUCCUCUUCUUUUGCUUGCUAACCAUCUUGGUCAUUGCCAUCGGCAUACACAUCCACGCAGCUUGAUCAAAAGAUGGAGAGCUGAUUUCCUUCUCCUCCAUCCCUGGAGCUUUCCACCACCGGCUUGGCGGUGCUCUCUUUGGCAUUUACCCGAACGAUUGAUACACAGAGAAUGUUAUUGUUUUCGUCUGACAUGUGUGUUUCUUAAGGGAGACACCACCAAAUGUUGCAUCUGUAACUGAUAAUAAAUCGCUCAUACUUUGUCCUCUCA